UAGUAUUUGUUUGAUGCUUUCACUUUUGUCUUUGGAUAACGCGUCAUGAUUGCGAUAUUAUGCUUAGAGUUGUGAUAAAAAUAAAGAAAUGCAAGCCCAACUAUAUUAAGCAGUAAAUAUAGCACUUCUAAGAAGACUUGAAUCAAAUGUGGGUCCAACGUUGAUGUGUAUUUUUCGCGAAAAUAUUCAAGAUAUGUUAGUAAUCCAGCAUUCCUAGCAUUCUUAGUUCUCGCAAGCUGAAAGUGAAUUUUGCCUUGCUGCAUCAAAUUUCAUACUGGAGGAAUAUUAAACCAUUCUACUGCUGAACCAAAAGUAGGCUACACUUUAUCCUUAAAGGUCAAUUAAGUUUUUUCAUCCUGUCUACCUGCAACUAACAAAAUUUCGUCUCCGUGGACUCCAGUUACCGGCCCCGCCGAUACAAAGGCGGGGGCCCCAGAUGGAAAAAACCUUGAUGUUGGAGAUAUGAGUGAUGAUGAGAGAGAUUUGGCUGCAGCUGAUGCAGAGGGGGUAUGGAGUCCAGAUAUUGAACAAAGUUUUCAAGAGGCUCUAGCUAUAUACCCACCUUGUGGUAGAAGAAAAAUUAUUCUAUCAGAUGAAGGAAAAAUGUAUGGAAGAAAUGAACUGAUUGCAAGGUACAUAAAACUUCGGACUGGCAAAACGAGAACACGAAAACAGGUUAGUUCCCAUAUUCAGGUAUUAGCUCGGAGAAAAUUACGUGAAAUUCAAGCAAAACUCAAAGUGCAAUUCUGGCAGCCUGGCUUACAACCAGGGACAUCACAAGAUGUCAAACCCUUCACGCAGGCAGCUUACCCAACUAAACCUGCAACAGCUGUGUCUGCAGGUGAAGUUGGUGCUCUUCAAGAGCCUCCACCUCCAGUUUGGGAAGGUCGUGCAAUAGCUACACAUAAAUUAAGACUUGUUGAAUUUUCUGCGUUCAUGGAGUCUCAAAAUAGAGAAGAAGCAUAUCAGCGUCAUCUCUUUGUUCACAUAGGUGGACCCGCUUUAUCAUAUUCAGAUCCCUUAUUAGAAGCUGUUGAUGUUCGGCAAAUAUAUGACAAAUUUCCAGAAAAAAAAGGAGGACUGAAAGAAUUAUAUGAUAAAGGACCUCAAAAUGCCUUUUUCCUUGUGAAAUUUUGGGCUGAUCUCAAUUCUAAUUUUCAAGAUGAGGCUGGUGCUUUUUAUGGUGUGACUAGUUCAUAUGAAAGUAAUGAGAAUAUGAUCAUUACAUGUUCUACAAAAGUUUGUUCAUUUGGGAAACAGGUUGUUGAAAAGGUCGAGACAGAAUAUGCUAGAUUUGAGAAUGGCCGUUUUGUAUACAGGAUUCAUAGGAGUCCAAUGUGUGAAUAUAUGAUAAAUUUCAUUCAUAAACUGAAACACUUGCCAGAAAAAUAUAUGAUGAACAGCGUUUUGGAGAACUUCACAAUUUUACAAGUGGUGAGCAAUCGUGAUACUCAGGAGACUCUCCUUUGUACAGCUUAUGUAUUUGAAGUGUCCACAUCAGAACAUGGAGCCCAGCACCAUAUCUACAGACUCAUAAAAGAUUGAGGGGCCAAAACUUUGGGGCUCUUAAGAUCCCUGCAUAAUCUGAAAGUAUUAAAAAUUUUGUUCCUUUGGUUUUUAGCCAAAUACUGAAAAUCUGAAAAUAUUGAGUAGCUAAGUGGAAAAAACCAUUGUAAUGUACAAAAUCCCCUUUAAAAUUUAUUUUAUGAAGUAUUUUCUACCUUAGAAAUUUUGAAAGAUUGUGUGGGAUGCUCCUUUUGAUCAAAAAGAUGCUCCAUUCACUUCAGUGCCUACACUAAACUAGUAUUAUUAAUAAUGUAAACAUAAGUAUAGUUUUAAACAGAGGAUGGAAUUCCUUUUGUCUUCUCUCUUAAAGCUUUAUUGCCAACUGAUAACCAGUGCAGAUUUUUCUUUGAUGAAAAACCGACUGAAAUUCAAAUAAGAACAGGAAACUCAAGAGUUAUUCAGAAAUAGUUGAUAGGCAGCAGGUGUUUUAGUUUAAACAUGCUUAAUUGUUGACAAUAGGCUCAAAGUAUACUUGAAUGUUGACGAAAUUGCAACUAUAUUUUCAAAUUAUUGAAAAAAAAAGGUAUUUUAAAUAGUGAUGUUAUUUAUAAAAUUAUAUUUUUACCUUGUGUGUAAUCUUUAUUAUUAUAUACUUAGAGAUCUUUAUUUUAUUUGUAUAUUUGAGUUUUAAUGAAUAAUUUUUAAUAUUAUUUAUUUUUUGCCUGUAGAUUUUUCUACAAUGCAGCUAACUAAAUCUAAGCUUAUAUGUAUACUAACAAUACAAAUCAGUGAUUUUUUCAAUAAUUCUCAUCUUGAUAAUAUUAUGAUGAAAUGUACAGUAUUGAAAAGAAAGGAUUCUUAAUUCAUGACAUUUUUUCAUGGUUAAACUUCUGUUUUUUCAUUUGGAAAUGCAUUAAAUUCAAAAAAGGGAUUUUUUCUGGUCUUGAGUGUAGUUAUUUGGUGAAUUCAAUAUUUUUACCUUCAUAGCUUUAGACAAUAACAUCUUAUCAUAUUAACCCAAUAGGUUUAAUUCUGACUUCAUAAGUUUGCCUUUUUCUGUCUUUAGGAAAAAUCCCUUAUAUAUAGAUAAUAUGUAUGUGUAAUCAGAAUGUAUAUGACAUGCAUCAUAUUUUUUAUUGAGUUGGGUGAUCUCAAGGUGCUAUUAUAUGCAAUCCCUGAAAAAAUCAUAUCCAAUAAGAAAAAUAUGGAGUUUUGAGAGAAGACUGUGAAUUUCGUUUUCAGAUUCAUGUACUUUCUCCAAGGAUCCGAAUAUACAUACUUAAUUAUUUGAGUGCAUUAUAAUUUUAUUAUUUCCUAGGCUAUGUUGCAAUAUGAAAACAUUCAUCCCAAGGGUUUCUAUAGAAAUUAAGAGUUAUCUUUAUUUUAAAUUAUUUUAUUCAAUGAUAUUAAAUUGAUCUCAUAAAACAUCUGGGUAAUAAAAGUAUUUCACGAACUGGCUUAACCGUAAAAAUACCAUUUCAGAUUUCAAAUGAUGAUAUAGUUCAAAAAUUUCCUCAUAGAAAAUAUGAUUGUUUUCAGAAGACAGUGGACCAGUAUGUGAUUGUUAUUAUCAAUAUUAUUUCCAUUUUUGAGAGAUAGAGUACAGUCCAUUGUCUCAUUGGUAUUUCAGACAUCUAUUUCUUUCAGUUUUUCUUUUCUAUGGGAAGUUUUAUGAACAUGAAUGAUCAAUUUGUUUUAUUGAAUAGAUGUGGCCAA